AUAAGUAUUUACAGCUGUUCUUUGAACAACUCAACAGUAAUUUGUGGCUUCUUCCAAGGGAAAAAUUCUGCUCUGAAAGUAGAAGAGAAUAAGUAUUCCUGACAACCAUGGCUGAUUUAACAGCAGCUGACAAAGAGAACAUUAAUGAGGUAUGGUGCAAAAUAUACGCAAAUCCGGAGGAAUCGGGAAAAACAGUUGUUAUCAGCCUAUUUACGACGUAUCCCCAGACAAAAGUCUAUUUCAAGAAUUUCAAAAACAUGGACACACUGGAAGAGAUGCAGGUGCAUCCCGGAAUUCAGAUGCAUGGAAAGAGAGUUAUGGGAGCCUUAAACCAUGUCAUUGAGAAUUUGAAUAACUGGGAUGUCGUGAGCAGUGCUUUAACUGAUUUAGCAAAAAGGCACCAAGAUGUGCACGAGGUGGAAGUCAACAACUUUCAGUUGCUGUUUCUGGUCAUAUUGAGCGUCUUCAAAGAAGCCCUUGGAGCCCAAUUUACUCCAGGGCACCGUAAAUCCUGGGAGAAACUUUUCUCUAUAACCUACAACUUCUUAGACAGCCAAUACACAAAAUCAGAUUCCAAAUAAACUUUGCGGAAAAAAAUAUCUUUAACAUGAACAUGUAACAAAAACACAUAUUUUACACAGCAAUGCUAAAUGCAUGAUCUUAUUUUUUUUCCAUUGACUUAUUAAAAACAACAUAAAAUAAA